GUUGUAGCAAUAUUAGCUUAGCUUGUUAGCCUGUGUUUCUUUGCAGGAGCUAUAAAAUUCUGCAGAUUUAACGUUAGGCACACGUUCUUAUGUAGCUAUUUUUCUAUACCUAACUCAACUAGAAAUCUGCUUUAAGUUUAAUAAUUCAGAUGUUUUCUGUUUUUGGCUUCUUGGGUCUUAGAGUGAAUAUUUCAGCUGGCAUGACGUGAGCCGCAUAUAAAGUGCUGACUAAUUUACUUAUUUGUGUAAAAAAAAAACACUGAUUUGGAAGUUUAAGAUGUCAUCAGACGAAGAGGGACCAACCAGUCCUGUUUUCCCCAUAGACUCAGACCGGGGCAGCUCUGUGUCUUCUGAGCUUCAGGAUGAGUAUGAGGAGCUCCUCCGCUAUGCUGUUGUCACCCCCAAAUUUGAGACUCUUGCCAGCACUCAGUGGAAGGGUCCAACUUCCCAGAGAAAGGAUGAACUAAAGGUACAGCACCUACCAGAUCCCGAAACAGAAGAUGGGAGGCAUUCCAGCAGAAGCACAAGAUCAUCACAGGCCUCCCCUGUGAUUGUGGAGCUGUCCACACAUUCAAAAGCUCCUCUGGCUGAGAGGACAGCAGGUCAGUCGACAGUGCUCUCAGAUGCUCCAUCAGAGAAUUUGCAGACAACAUCCAAGAGGUCGAGCCCAGAUUUCCGAGGGUUAGCUGUCACAGAGAUGUUUAUAUCUGAAGAGAACAUUAGCAAAAUGGAGAGUAUUCUGGACACGUGGAGCAAUAACCUGAAGUCAAAUGUGCUGACUGAGCUCCGGAAGUGGAAAUGUGCGUUCAUGGAGCAGCACAGGCUGGAGAUGAUGAAGGAGAGGGAAAGGCAUGCAGCCCAGACAGCUGGCCUGAAGUCGGAGCUCGACAACCUGAAGGAGCUGCUGCACACCUACGAGAUGUCCAACCAGAGAAAAGAUGAGGUGAUCAAGAAUCUGAGCCAGGUGUUGGACAGACAGAAAGAAAAGCUGGAAAAGAUGAGGGCCUUCACGCACUGGAGACUCCAGCACGCCGAGGCCAAAGAAGAGGCUCAUGCUGUUCGGGUGGCUCGGCAGCACCACAAUUUGCAGCUGAAGAAGAAGGUGUGGUUGGGUUGGCACAGUCUGGUCCAGAAACACUGGAAGGUCAACGUGGAGCGAGCCUGCCGCUCCAGGGCUGAGGAGGUCUGUUCCCGCCUAUCCUCAGAAUAUGAGGCCAAGCUGGCAGAGCACUGCGAGGCUAUAGAGAAGGCUCAGGCAGAGAUCCGGAGACUACACAUGGAGCGAGAGCACUAUGAGGAGUCUAUGAAGAAAGCCUUCAUGAGGGGCGUCUGUGCUCUCAACAUGGAGGCUCUUAGCAUGUUCCACUCCACGGAAGGACGAGCAGAGCGGCUACAAGUUCAUGAACCACGCGAUUUGUUGGCUCCCCAGGAUGAGCACGGAUCAGCCACGCUGACUCAACUCCAACCAUUUCCUUCCUCAAGAAGGUUUAGUCCAGUUCACUUUGACCGCCCUGAACCUUCACAAAGGGAAGCUGAUGAUAUGGUUGGCCCCAGAGGACCCGCAUCCCAAGAAGAGAGACUUCCUUCCACUACAGUGGUUCACAGCUCUCUCCCACUUGGGGGCAUUGCAAGCUCCUCCAAACAGUCUGGUGGUCGGAUUGUGACAGCAGGUCAACAAAAGCCCUCAAAGUCUGUGACAGCUCGCAUCACUGCGCGGGCUGAUGUUGGUAAGGUUCCAAACAGCAGCCUUCAGGUGAUGGGAGUGGCUCCACCAAUGAACUCUGUGGUAGUGGAACGUCAUCAUCCCGUUACACAGCUGACUGUCGGACAGGCGACGGCUGCAAAGUUUCCUCGAUCUUCCCAGCAGAGCCACGCGCCCGCUGCAGGCAGAGGGUCAUCCCGAGCCCACACCAGCUCAUGCAACGUCCACUCUAUAAAAGUAGUGGACUGAUCACACAUGUAGCAUGUGUAGAUUUAGCAUUUAAUUUAUUCAAUGCAAAAAUCUUUAUUUGUCCUUUUAACAUUCAUGGGAAGUGUGUUAGGUUGGUUUCCUGCAACAUUUAGAGUUUUAAGUGAACUUUUACCUCUUAUCAAAUGUUUGCUUUAAAUUAUGCACAGUUGAAGGUGGAUUUUAUUUUUAUAAAAUCAUUUUUGUGCAUCCAUCCAUGAUUUAGAAACAAUCUAGCAGCAAUGGUUGCUUACUUUCUUAAAGCAAAGUCAUAUUUUAAUGAUCAGCACAUUGCUAUUUUCUAAAUAAAUGGUUUUACCGCUAACUUA